AUAAUAAUUUCUAGAUGACAUUUCUGUAAAUUAACCCCAAAAUUGGAGAAAGGUAAAAUUUUCCAAUUGCAGUAAUAUACACAUCUGACAUAAAAGCAGAGCACUUCCGCCGCCGUUAGAUUAGAAAAUCAAAAUCUGUAAGCUUUUGAUCCGUUGGGUGUUGUAUCUCCACGACAAAGCUGUCUUUCUAUAAAUAGUUUUUAAAUUUUUAUGUAUUAAAAAAACAUUUCUUUAUUUCUUCUUCUCCGCUGUUAAAGCGGGAAAUUUUCUGAGGUCGACGUGCCGGUUAAUUCCGCCGGAAAUUUCAUUAUCUCCGGCAAUUGACUCGGCGGAGACGAAGCUUUCGAGUCGCUAACCCUUUCCCCUUUGUGAAUUUGUUAUCUUUGCACUACGGAGAUACUGAAAUCGAAUCCAAAACCCUAGAUGAUGGAGGAGUCUCGAGGAUCUUCAGAUCAAGAGGAUGAACAAAUUGUUCAAGUCAGAGAAGCUUUAAUGUGUCCCGACGGUGAGAAAUUUGAAGCUUUGCGGACGGCGAGGUUCUUAAACUACACGACGACAUCUAUUAACGACGAUGUCUUCGAACUCCCUCAAGAUGCGUUCGUGUGUUGUAGACCUGAGGGGUUUGAUCCGGAGGCGAAGAUCUCGUUUUCGUGUUGGGGAUCUCCGUCGGUGAACUGGAUCGAGUGGGUGAAUGUGAUGGCUGAGUUACACGAGACUGUGUGGAAGAAAUCUGGGGUUUAUGAAGCGAUUUUGGCGUCUAGGUAUCAGAUUAAGAGGCAGGAUGAUUUGAUUAUGGCGUUGGUUGAGAAAUGGUGUGUUGAGACGAACACAUUUGUGUUCUCUUGGGGCGAAGCGACCGUGACUUUGGAGGAUAUGAUUGUUCUUGGUGGAUUGUCUGUUACUGGGAACAGUGCUUUGGCUCCGAUUAAACGAGAAGGUAUGAAGGUAGUGGAGGAGAAGAUGAAGGCGGCAAAGCGUGGGAUCGAGGCGAAUUUGGAGAAGAAAUGUGGUGUUAGCUCGUGGAUGAAAGACAUGAUGAACUCAGGGAGUGAGAUUGAGCAUGAGGCAUUUAUGGUUUCGUGGCUCUCGCGUUUCGUUUUCCCCAGUUCAGGUGAUGUGCUGAGAGAGAAGCUGUUUCCGGCUGCGAUUCAGCUUGCUCAGGGAGUUAAGUUGGCUCUGGCUCCGGCUGUUUUAGCUGGGAUUUACCGCGAUCUCGGUGCUUUGAAGAAGCAUCUCGCUGGUUCUAAUGAGAAAGGGACGGUGGUGGUGAAGUCUCCGUUUCAGUUUGUGCAGGUUUGGGCUUUAGAGAGAAUCAUGGCGUUGCAGCCACCAGGCCAGCCAAGUCAGUUAAGGCCUGGUGAACCACGGAUAGCGCGGUGGCACCAUCAUGGUGGUGGUCAGGAUGUGUACGGCUACCCUGAAGAUAUCAGAGCAGUUUUGGACUCAGCCAAAGAGAGUUUUGACUAUCGUCCAUACACAAAGCCUGUGAAUAACUUCAAAUUCCCAAAGUUUUACGUGGAAGAUGACUGUUGGGUUCAUGUAAGACCUGAAGAAACCAUUGUAGCCUUUGGUCGGUGUUUGAGGUUCGCCAAACUGGUUGGUUUCGAUUGCAUUGAACCUUAUUAUCCUCACCGUGUAGCAUUGCAGUUUGGUUAUGAUCAAGAUGUUCCUGGCGUAGUUCCAGCUAGAACUGAGACGCCGGAAUUGGCCUGGAAAGAAUAUAUCCGUCCGAUUGCUGAUGGAAUGUUGUACUUUCCUGCCCGGCUCCAUGAGGCUGAUGUAACGGUUGGGUACAUUAGGUGGUGGAAGCUUUCUGUAGCCGCGUUGCAGGCUGAAGCUGAGAAAAUUUCCCACAUGCUUCGGAAGUCACAUUCAAACCAGAAACAUGUGAUGACGACGACUGCUGUGACGACCCCAACAAAGGCAACAUCUCAUCCCCCAGGGGUGUGGAAAGCAUCCCCUGCAAAAACUGAGGGAAAAGAUCAAGAAGUGGUAAAGAAGAGGGAAACAGAGACAAAAAGAGAGACUUCUGUUACUGGAUCAAGGAUCGAAAUGAGUAGAGCAGAUGGUCGGAGCCAUGGCAGUAGUAGCUAUACAGGAAGUCUCACGGGCUCAGAGCAAGCAACUAAGCAUCCUUUAAAGACGCCUGAAUGGGUUCAGAGAUCAUCACCUAGACCGAAAAAGAGCCCUGAUAGAAGUUCUGAUAAGCCUGAAUGGGUUCAGACAUCAUCAGCUCGAUCGACAAAGAGCCCUGAUAGAAGCUCUGAUAAGCCUAAAUCGUUUCAGAGAUCAUCACCUAGAUCGACAAAGAGCCCUGAUAAAAGCUCGGGAAGAGUAGCGGAUGAUGUUAAGGAUCUUAAGGGAGCUCUCAGGGGCUCGGGGGGAACAAAGAGUCAGGGUCAUGUCACAUUUCAGCUUCCUAGCUCUCCUGGGAGAUCUCCAUCCAAGGCAAAUACGUUAUCACCAAAGCAAAGCGAUUCUCCUGUCAAAAAACCGAGAAUGUUACCUCGCGUAGCAGACUUAGCCAAACGAUCGAGCUCUUCUCCUGGCGUUCCAAGACAUACAUCGUCUGUUCCUCUUCCUUCCAAGCGAGAGAACUACAUAAAGCACCACAGUCCCACAAGCUCACGAGUUUCAAAAGAUACGAACAUGUCACCUUUUUUUCAUGGUUCUCAUUUAAAGAGGAAGAACUCACCAAGAUCUCCGGAAGAUAUUAACUCGCGUGGUCAAAAAACCCCCCCAAGCCCCCGAGUUUCAAAAGAUUCGUACAUGUCAUCUUCUUUAUCUGGUUCUUCUUCUCUAACGAGGAAGAGGCAACCAAGAUCUCCUGAAGCUGGCAAUUCGCGUGGUAACAACAAUCCCCCAUGUCUCCGAGAUUCAAAAGAAAUGAACAAGUCCCAAUCUGUUUCUGGUUCUCCUUCUUCAGUUUGGAAGAAGUCACCAAGAUCCUCUCAAAAUGUCAAUUCGUGUGGUAACUCAUCAUCCGGAGGCAAUUCUGCUGUGAAGAGAAAUACUGACACAAGCAUCAUAGUUUCCAAUCAAGAAUCACCGAGAAAACCUCAAGUCGAUAUCAGCAAGGCUAACAAGUUACUGGAAGAGAUAGUAACUUUGCGAGACCAAGUUGGCGAAGAUGGUGAAGUGACAUAUCAGAUACCAAGGCAGCAGUUCGAGGAUCUAAGCAAAGGAGUCCAUGAUGUUCUACAUGAUUUACAGUCGAUUAAAUCUGCAUUGAAUAUACAAGAUAAUGAUGAAGUAUAGAUCCUCAUUCUCUCAGAAUCUAUCUAAAAGACCUUAAAGGUUUCAUCUUUUUUGUUCCAACUCAGUCAAUACAAAUACUUUGUAGUGAGAUCCAAAAGCUACCCAAAAGGGUAGACACAAUAUAAUCUAAACACUGCAAAACAACUGA